AAAUAAAUUAUUUCCCACGCGCGUAAACCUACACUCUAGUAAACAACAACACUUACCUCAUAUCAGUAUCACCUAUAUCAAAAUUAUAACUUCCUAGCCAUCUGCAGCUUGUGGAACUUUCCCUGUAUUAUCAAUAUGCAUCCUUCAAGACAAGCCUAUGUGGAGGAAGCCAAAGAAGUAAGUAAUACCCCUCCAAGCCAUUAUGUUUCCAAUCAUGCAUACGAAUGAAUACUAGGCAGAUGAAUAACUACACAUUCACCAGCAGCUGCUAAUCUACUCGCGCGCGCAGGAUACAGGUAUAGAUCUCGCAGAUGUUCGUAAGUACCAAUUCCCGCGCAAUCUUCCGCUGUCCACUAAAACUCCACUAUAGCCCUCGACCGCGACUAUGAUAUGCCCUCUGCUACCGCGGGUAUUGCCCCCGAGCGCGCCAGCGCAAUUCUUUCUCAAUUCGAUCGCAAACGUCGCGCGGCUGCCAUAGCGGUUCCUACUGAUGAUGGACGCGUGCGCGCACGACUUCGGGAAAUGGGGGAACCUGUUACGUUGUUUGGGGAAGGACCGGGUGAUAGGAGAGAUCGACUACGACAGCUUUUGACGAUUGAGAGUGAGAUGAAGGCGGAAGAGAAUGGAGAGAAUGAUGAUGGAGAUGUGGAUAUGGGGGAGGGGAAUAAGGAUGAGGAAGCGGAGGAGGAAUUUUAUACGAGGGGCACGAAGGAAUUACUAGAUGCGAGGAUAGAUAUUGCGAAGUUUUCGUUGCCGAGGGCGAAGAAGAGGAUUGAGAUUCAGAAAAUUGAGAAGGAAGUUCCGUUGAGGACUCAUAUUAAGCUCAGACAAGGUAUCAAGGAGAGACUAAAGGAUUUUGAGCUUCAGGGAAGUCAAACGGCUGGAGAGAGACCAGUUAGUAUUGUGAGGAUUUCGCCCAAUGGAGAAUUGGUCGCAGCAGGCAAUUGGGGAGGUGGGAUUAAACUGCUUGGGAUACCGGAUUUGGAAGUUAAGAAGUCGCUGCGUGGACAUACAGAUAGGGUGGGUGGAAUUUCCUGGGCACCAGGUGCUACGAUAGAGGGAUCGAGUGUCUCGCCUGGUAGCGUUAAUUUGGCAUCGGGAGGAGCAGAAGGAAAAGUUCAUCUAUGGAAUCUGGAGCAAGAUACACCCGUUUCGACAUUGGCUGGGCAUAACCAGAGAGUUUGCCGAGUGGAAUUUCAUCCAUCUGGUAAAUACGUUGCAUCUGCAUCCGAGGAUACAACAUGGAGAUUAUGGGACGUUGAAACCACGACAGAACUUUUACUUCAAGAAGGCCAUUCGAGAGGAGUUUUCUGUCUUAAUUUUAACGGUGAUGGUUCACUUCUAGCAAGUGCAGGCAUGGAUAGUAUUGGACGUAUCUGGGAUCUCCGAACAGGUCGUACAGUCAUGAUUCUAGAUGGGCAUAUUCGACCCAUCUACGCACUAGACUGGUCUGCGGAUGGCCAUCGUGUCCUAUCCGGAUCUGGUGACGGCUGGAUCAAAUGCUGGGAUGUGAGGAAAGUCGCCAGUACCGGCGGAGUGGGUGCACAUCGUAGCGUGGUAUCUGAUUUGAGAUGGUUCAAAGGUACAGAUGCUAUGUCUUCACCGGAAAAAGACGAGAAAGGCAUAGUGCAACCGAGAAAGACGGGAACGUUUUUCGUUUCCAGCGGCUUCGAUAAGGAUGUUAAUAUCUUUUCCGCGGAUGAUUGGGCUCUGGUACAGAGUCUGAGUGGUCAUACGGGAAAUGUGCAUAGUUGUGAUGUAGGCGCAGAUGGAAAAUGGAUUGUUAGUGGUGGGUAUGAUAGAACGGUUAAAUUAUGGGGAAGAAAUAACGGAGAGGGGAUUUAAGGAUUUUUCUUUUUUCUUUUAUCUUCAUGAUCAUCAUGUGUGGUGGCUGGGUGUUUGGUGACAAAAAGUAAAAUCUUGCAAAAGUUGGAUCUUAGGAGAUCUUAUAUCUGAUUAGAGUAGGCUGUCUAUGUACGGAUCAGCUUCUUUCUUGCAUUCGAGAUGGCGUAGGGGGGAUUAUUCACACAUACAUAUAACGGGAAAUGGCAUAGGGCGUUUUGAAUUGGGAUACCCGAGUUGUAUAUGUAUGUAUGUAUGUAUGUAUGCAUAGAUAGAAAAUAUUAUCACAGAUUAAAUUCUCAU